AUGACGGCGGUGGAGCCGUCCCCUGAUCGCCCCCGAUUAUGACUCGCGCUCGGAGCGCGCGCCCGCCCAGAGAGGAAGGCCUCCCAAAGACCAAGAAAUGGAAUUGGGCCAUUUUUUUCCUUCUUGCUUCAGACCGUCUCUGCUGUCCACGGACUAGUCCACUAACAGUAUUGCAGACUGUAGUCUGUUAGCAAGGAGGGGAUGGCCCCCGUCCCGAAACCCUUGGUGUCCCCGGCCAUCGGAUAGCUGGGAAGUCUCUCCAAGAAGUGUUGUGUCCAGCGCUGUUUACUCUUUGGGAAAUCUGUGCUCCUGUUUUCCUGCCAAUUUACCAUCUUAACUUUACUGCCCUACCUAUUCGGUCAAACUUGUACUCUUCUUCAACGUUGAUCGAAAUUUUACGUGUAUUGCGUCUUGGAAGAUCUCCCGCCCGCGUUCUUCGAGACUGGACUGCUGAUAUCCCGCCGGGCGGCCCACUACACGUUGCUCACGCUGCCCCGACGGACCCUUCGAUAUCGGGGAUUUUGGGGGAACAGUUACGGGACCAUCCCACGAGGCCAAGACCACGGUUCUGCAAUCGUUUUGCGAUCUGUAAGGCAGAAUAUGGAGUAAGGGGGGUCGAACUCGAAAAAGGAUACGAAAGAACCAGAACAUACACUCGAGACACCCUUGACUUGAAUUGAUCUUCAGUUUUAUCUUCUUGUCAAAGUAAGAAGAACAGCAGUAAUCGGUCCGCUGCCAUUCCCAGCAGCGCGAGGAGGAGGCCAAGAUUUCUCUCCCCAAAGUAAAUACAGAACAUCACUCCAAAUGACGACGACAUCCGAUCCGAAUCCAAUGACAACCCAACGAGGCGCGGCGCCUCUGACGACCGUCUUCACGACGCCGGACUUUUGCAACUCCCUCUACUGGACAAACACAAUCACACCGCCCCUCUCGAGCGUAGUAUGCAUGCCCACAUCAUGGCACCAGGUCAACGACUAUAGCUGGGGCUACUACUCCCCCGGCAUCUGCCCCUCAGGCUACACCGAAGGUUGCGCGUUCCCGACCUCGCUCGCGAGCUCGAAGGACGGUGCCGUCGGCAUGGGCGGGCCUGUCACGGUCGGCGAGACUCCGCGGCUGUGCUGCCCGACGGGGUACGUCUGUUAUACCGACACCAAGAGCUACGGGUACAGCAAGUGUAUUUCCACGAUCCCGAGGACGUCGUUUUAUAAUAGCGAUAAUCAGCCUACUUCACAGCUGGCGCUGGUGUAUGCGGUGCAGGUGCGGUGGGCGAGCUCGGAUUUGAGUAUUUUGGAGACGGAUCCGACGGUGCCGGGGGCGACGUAUACAGGGGCUACGGCUACGGGGAGCGGAGGGGAGACGGUUGCGACGACGGGGGCACAGACGGGGAGUAAUUCGAUUGCGACGGCGACGGCGACGAGUACACCAGUCGGAUCGGACACCGGGUCAUCGGACGGAGGUGGAGGGGGUAUUUCAGUCGGCACGACGAUUGCGAUCGCGGUUGGAUCAGUCGCGGGGACGCUCGUGCUGGCGCUGCUGGCAUUUAUCCUACUAUGGCGACGACGCAAGAGACGGCAGGCACAAAAGCUUGCAGCGGCGGGCGAGAACGGUGGCAACGGAGAUAGCGACUCGAAAUCGGAUUCCGUGGCGCCGACAAUGGCACAUAAGGCGCCCGUGGGGAAGUCGUCUCUGGAUAUCAUGUCGCCCAGCACGGCGAGGCCGGGGACAGGGACUACUGUCGUGGGCGACGAGGCGCUGCACUCGCCGCGGUCGCCGACGACGACGGCGCAGCUUGACUCGACGACGGUGAUGGAGAUGGAGACGAUGGAGAGGCCGCAGGAGCUGCCUGAUACAAAUGAGGUGUUUGAGAUGGAGGGCGAUAUGCCGGGACCGCCAUUGUACCGGGAGAAAGAGGGGUGGCCUCUUAGGUGACGAGGGGGGUUUUGAGAGUGUUGGUGACCUUGUCUUUUUGCGAGAUCAAUCAGCGAUGUGUAUCUGUUACCAUCUUGUCUGUCAGGAUAUACCUAUUGUGGUUUACUGUGUUUUUUAGUAGCGCUGGAGUUCAUGUAGGGAUGGGUUAUGGAAGCUCUCGACUCGCUUCAGUCGGUUCCUUGAAGAGCUUUCGAGAGGCAAUACUCUAGAGAGC